UGUAGAAGCCAAGUUAGUGCUACAUGAGCAGCAAGAUGCUCCUAGUAUUCCAGACACGUUACCUGAUACUGAAUUUAUACUGGUCUUCUUAGAGCUCCUUGUGUUCCUCCUCUGGCGUCCCGUAUUUCUCAUAACCCCAGCUGUUUUGUUUCUGGUGCCCUCCCUCACACCUAUAGAUAGAAAGGGGCCAGUAUAAAUAGCUAUAUCGUCAUAAACUUACAGUACAGUAGACAACAAGAGAGAGAGAGAGAAAGGUGAACAAGUAUUCAGUGCCUGUUGGUGAGACCUGCACACAGAACAGAAAACCUGUAGCGUGAUCUGAUACCAGAGCAUCAUGUGGCCGGCCCUCCUAGUGUGUCAGCUUGUCCUGAUUCUCCAGUCGGAGGCUCAGAGUCCCUGCCUCACCCACCCAACAUUCAGAGAACCAGACAACUCUGAUAUCACAGUUAUGUGUGGCACAAACAGGAUGGAUUUGUACAUUUUGCUGUGCCCUAUGUACUUCUAUGGAUAUAACGAAUCCAUGGUGGCUCUUAAUGGUCUCUUUGCCAAGCCCGAGUGCAAAGGAACCGCUGACUGGACCGCCAACCCACCUGUACUGAAAUUCCAGUUCUACAUCACUGAACCAUACAUAUCUACUUGCUCCAAUAAACUGGCGAUCACUCAGGAGGUCGGAUCUGGGCUGUUCUCUGACUUCUCUAGUGUGCAGUCUGUGAACAUCUCUGGGGUGGUCAACACUCAGGACCCCAAUGCUGGAACCAUCACAUACCGGCAGGAGAUGAAAUACCUCUUUUCCUGCAGAUACCCACUGCAGUACUUGAUCAACAACACGGAGCUGAGUGUAUCUGGAGUGAGUCUGGCAAUUAAGGACAAUAACGGUAGUUUCAUCAGCACUCUGAGCAUGCUUCUUUUUGAGGACUAUACAUAUACAACUCGUCUCUUCAUUCCUCCAACGGGUCUCAUGCUGAAGACCAGGGUUUUUGCGGAAGUUCGAGCCACUAAUCUCACAGAGAGGUUCAAUGUUCUGUUGGAUCGAUGUUAUACAACCACUAACCCUUACCCAGGCAACAGCACAUCAUUUGACCUGUUCGUCGGAUGUAACCAUGAUCUACAAACCAUAAUGGGUGUGAAUGGAGAACAGCAGGUGGCGCGCUUCUCGUUCGAGACCUUUCGCUUUGUAGAGCACAGAAACAGGACAGUGUCAACCUUUUAUCUGCACUGUGCCACCAGGCUCUGCGAGAGCUCUUUCUGUAGAUCCUUACGGCAGAAUUGCUCAACUCCUGCGAGGAAGAGGAGAGAAGUCCAGUCGGCUCAGGGAACCUCAGUGAGUGACGUCGCCACAGUGAGCUCUGGACCAAUCAUCACCAAAGUGGAUGAACCUUUUGCACCUGUUGCAGCAGCAUCUGAGGCUCAGAACGCAACGGAGGCAGUGGUGGGAGUCUCUGUGGCAGCGGGGGUAUUCGGAGCGCUGUGCAUCAUCAUGCUGGCUAUGCUUGUCUACAAGAUCCGCAGGGACAAGUACAGUUUAGACAAAUCAACACUUUUUCACUGACAGCUCUAAAACAGAAAUCCCAUUCCUGACAGGGUUCCCUUGCCACCGUGAAAGCUGUUUUAGCAGACACUCUAGAAAGGGCCUCUGCAGUGAUCUGUAGUUAAAGAGGAUAGGAAUGGGACGAUGAGUAGAUGAUGCCACAAGGAAGAACAAAAUCUCACCAAACCACUGUAAUAAAUAGAUUUGUGCCUUACAGUAAAACAAUCUACUGAAUGGUUUAGAUUCAUCAUACUUUUUUUGCAUGCCAAGGUUCAUUAUGAUAUUAACUAUAUUCCAUUUAUAUAUCUGAAUUUUGGGAUUUUCUGUACGAGGGCAUUCUUGUAAAAAAACGUUUUUUGCUAAUGUUAUUGUAAUUUUAUGACUGAUUAAAGCAAAACUAAGAAAUAUUAA